AUGCUUGUUUCAAACCUCAUUCAUCGUGUUUGGAUAAUAUGGGUCACUGUUAUUGCAGUGUGCACCUGUGUUCCUGUACCAUGUCCUCAAGAUACAUGUACAAUGUCUGACGUUAAGGACAAUCAAUGUAGAGAUUUAGAUGCAUACCUUAAGUGUAUGAAAUCAUUAUCGAAAAAAUGUCGUGGCGACAUUGGGUAUCAUUCAGCUAUUACAGUAUCAAAUUCAGAGUUCAAAAAGAAAUGCCUCGGUCAUGAAGAUUUCUCCAGAAAUAAUAGUGGUGAAAAUUCCCAAAUAGUUCCAUCUACUCACAAUGCUUGCCCAAUGCUAUUUGAUGAUAAAAAAGAACACCGGUUUUGUGGGUUGUUUGGUGAUCCUCACUUGAGGACAUUCGAUGGCAAAUAUCAAACUUGCCGGAUUCAUGGAGCUUGGCAAGUGAUUGACAAUCCAUUUUUCAGUAUCAUGGUAACCAAUGACGCAGUUCUAAAUAGCACAACAGCCACAGCUCCAACUAAGUUGACAGUCAUGUUAAAAGCACAUAAACCUGAGUGUACUCUGUACAAAUUGUUUGAAGCACAAGGAGAUCUUCAGUUACCGGAUAAAUUUGAAGAUAGUACCACUUCAUCUGGACCAGCUUCAUCGCCAACUGUUUCUCUUUCCUGGCGUUCCAAUGACCCCAACAGUGAGACAGUAAUCAUACGAUUAUCGUAUAUUUCUACAAUUAUAACUGUGACCCGGGUUGGCAAAUAUCUGUCCAUUUCUGCUAAAUUGCCAGACCAGUUAGCGCAAGUAUUUGAUCAAGACAAGAAUGUAUUGUGUUCUUCUGGUUGUCCAACUUCUGAACAAAUAGAUAUAAAACAAGUUACAAUAAGUGAAUUAGAUCGCGGUUUGACUUUAUGUCACAACAGUAUUGGACCCACCGGGCACAAACUAACUGAUCAGUAUUUAGAUUGGUGUGUGUUUGAUAUGAUGACUUCUCACGAUGAACAGUUCAUCAAUGCUUCACAUGCAGCGUACUCUGAUGUAUUGUUUUUCGAACCACGCUCAUUAUUUAAUAGGACGGUUAGUGUAUUUGAGUUUAACCCCGUUUCAACGGCCGGUGCCAUUUGUAUACAUAGAUUAAACUUAUUUAUUCUCACUAUCAUUGCAUUGUACAACUUUCUUUGA